GAUACGACUCACUGAUAUUUCUUGUACAGUUUACAGUGUUCGAUCAUCCGUGCAACGGCACGAAAGCAAACAGCAAACCGAAAUGUCGAAACGUGCAAGUUUCUACGGUUUGAUCAGCGUUGGUAUUUUUUUCGCAGUGUAUUUAAUUUUCAAUGAGAAUUAUGGAAGACACUCAAUGCGUAAAACAGAACCAACAGUUCCUGUUCCCCAGCAAUUGGAGCAGAAGAACAGCAAAGCUGAUACGAAGGAUAUUGUUGAUCCCGUAUCGGAAUUAAUCGAUCAAAUCAUCAGUAAACAGAGGCGAUUGAUCAGUGAAGAGACGAAAGAUUAUUCGUUUCCCAAUGGAAGAUAUAACAUCAGUGCCAGUAAACUCGAAGAUUUGGUGAUUGAAAAAAAUGGAAGACCAAUCAGAAGUGUAAUCGUGGCAACGUGGCGAAGCGGAAGCACGUUUCUUGGCGAAAUUCUCAAUGCACAUCCGGCAAAUUAUUACCACUGUGAGCCGCUGAUUGCUUUUGAUAUCGCGAGGAUUCGAGGUCCUCCCUUGGCUAAGAAGGCCUUGAAGUGGGUCAAGGAUCUACUCAACUGCGAAUAUCAGGACCUAGGCGAAUAUCUCAGCUAUGCCAAAAAGGAUCUGUGGGCGUUUGCUUUUAAUCCUUAUUUGUGGAAGCAGUGCGAAGCUCACCAAGACAUCUGUUUUUAUCGAGAGUUCCACAGCUCGCUGUGCAAGCUUUUCCCAUUUCAAUCGAUGAAACUCGUGCGACUCAGGCUACAAAUUGCACAGGAGCUUCUUGCCGAUGAAAAAUUAGCCGUAAGGAUGGUGCUGUUGGUGAGAGAUCCUCGCGGGAUUCUUCAGUCGAGAAAACAUCGAGAAUGGUGUCCGCCAAAUCCUGAUUGUUCCGAGCCAGCUUUGACGUGUGCAGAUAUGGUUUCAGAUUUCAAAGUUGCUGUGAAGCUUCUGAAGAAAUACCCAACCAGAUUCAAGGUAAUACGAUACGAAGAUCUGUCCCUGGAUCCGUACAAACACGUCGCAGAACUUUACAAGUUUUAUGGACUCUUCUUUCAUCCAAAAGCGAGAAACUUUCUCGAAUCUCAUACCAAAGCCAACAAGGGUGGGGUCUCGAGUACUUUCCGAAAUUCAAAAGCAGCUCCGUUUCAUUGGAAAACGCAAUUGGAAUUCAAGGAAGUAAAAGAAAUACAAAAAUCCUGCGCAACUGCUAUGGAAUACUGGGGUUAUGUUCCAGCAGUGAACGCUACUCAUCAAAAGGAAUUCAACCCUCUUACAAACUACGUGUUGAAGUUGUAAGAAUUUUUUUUUUUCAUCUUACAAUCAGUAACAGAGACUUGUGAAAAUGUCGACGUGGUUGAAUUUCUGUAAGUCGGGGACCACGGGUGAAAAAAUAUUUUAAACGGUUAUGAACGCAUUCAAUCUCAACUGCUUGUACAACUGCGUAACAUAAUAUUGUACAG